AUGAGUUUUUUUAAAUUUCGCGAAAUUCACGUUUGCAUUGAUGACAAAAAGUUGACACAUAAAUUUAACACAGAAGAUAAACUUGCAAAAAUUCGCAAAACAAUUGUUGAUAAGAAAAUCACUAAUGAAAUUAAUUUUGUCUUCAAGUGGCAAAAUGGGAAGAUAGUUAAACAUGAGGAAGAGUCUAAUAAUUUAGCAAGGAUUUUGAAAGAUAAUAAUAAAUUGUAUAUUUCUACUCUACAAAAGAAUUCUGAAAUUAUUGUUUGCAUAAAUGAAGAUAAGCCUUUUAACUGGAUAUUAUCCGAGGGAAGUCAUCAAGAUAAGAUACUUAUCUCGAAAGCAAAAGAAGAUGAAAAAAUACUAUUGGAAAUUUUAAAAAUUGGUGAUAAUGAUAGAAAUUACCUACAUAUUCUCCGAAAGAAUGAACCUGAUUGGGUGAAAUUAGCUACCAAAUGCGAAUGUGGGUUUAUUAUCGAGGAAGAUUCAGUAAAGCAAGCUCGCAAUCGCGCGUUUAUUAUCAACAAAAGGGAGAUAGAGAAAAUACAAGAUAACAGUGGGCACUUUAUAAAAACUUUAGAAUGCAAAAAUGAAUUUCAAAAGUUAUGUCAUCAAAAUUUUAUUAAAUUUGGAAAUGCUACUUCCAUUCUACCUUGGGCUUCUAUUUUCUUUGGACUUGAACAAGAAACUUUGACUAAAAAAUUGGAAUGUUAUAAAAGAACAAAAAACUAUUCUUAUGUUAAAAAAAGAUGCGCAAUGAUAAAAAUUACAAAGGAUAAUAUUUGUUUAACUACUGAAUUUGAGGCUGAUGUUGACGCAGCAUUAAAUGAAAAGACUCAAGAUAAAAAAGUAACAAAGCUUAAAGAAAUAACAAAAAAAUAUGGAUGUUUCUAUGCAAACACAAUCUACUUUGGAGGUGUUGCUAUUCAGAAAGAUGAAGACAUAAAAAGAUCUGAUAAAAAUGAAAACUCUGAUAAAAUCGGUAUACAAGGCUCGUUUAGAUCACCAGGAGCUAAUGUAGAUGGAGAUUUCACUUCUAAAACGGGAAUUAACACAAAAACUGCGACAGCUAAUGCUGAAUCCAGCUUCAUAAUUAAAGGUGGUAAUGGCGCAAUUUUCAAGUUCAACGAUCAUUGCGACUGGAUUAACUCACUUUUGGAUCAUAAUACAUGGGAUAUAAUUGAAUAUGAAGAGGUCACCCCGAUUUUUGACUUAUUGGGGGACAAAUUACGCAAAAGAGUUUUAGAAACUUUAGGAAAAAGAAUUUUAAAAGUGAAUAUUGAAUCAAUUGAUUACCCCAUAAAUAAAGAACCAUUUCCAUAUCCAUUAGGCGAAAAAUUAAAAGAUAUUACUAACAUCGAGGAUUGUGAAAUAUUUGUAACUAUUAUGAAAAAGAAAAAUCGGCACAUAUUUUCUUCACAUAUAUAUUAUGAUGCUCCUGAUAAGCCAGUAAUUCUUAUUCAACGUAUUCCAAGCAAAAGGAAAACUAAAAAAGAUUACAUAAAAAUUAAAAUUGGAUGGAUUAUUAUAGGAUAUCCGACUAAAACUUUCGAUUUCGAUUUAUCAAAUCAAGUUGUCCUUAAAAGUGAAAGAUACAAGCUUUCAAAUGAGAAUAAUCGAUAUGCUAUAAACAAUUCUAAACAAACUAAUUUGCCAGAUAUACAAGAUAUGAAACCAUAUGUAUUGGCAACGUGCAUUUUAGAUAGAGUAGAAGAAACGAAUUCGAGUCCAGAAGAACUAUCAGAAUGUAACAAAAAACAGUUACAUCCUCGUGAUUUAAGAUUAAUAGUUGGAACUCAUUUUUCUCUUUCAAAGGAUUUUGCAUAUGAGGCUACAUGGAAUUCCCUCGGAAGAAUAUCGAUAAACAAAGAGAAGGUUUAUUGCUCAAAAAUAAAAAACAAAAUUAAUGAAAGACUUGUAUUUGCUUACCUGCUUUUUGAUAAAUGUCAACUCGAAUGUAAUAAUCAUGGAGUUAUCAAUAUUGCUAACAUCGAUCCUAAUUCUUCUGAUUAUCUGUUAUGUCGAUGGCAGAAUAAUAGCUCUUUUGAUAAAAAUGAACUCUUAUGUUUUUAUUUAUCUCCGAAUAAGGAACAUAUUCAUGAUAUAGAUGAAACCCAUAAAAAAGCCU